GGCAUUGAAGCAACAACAACCCAGGACUGCGAGUUGUGUUAUGAAAAUCUGGAGUGUGCGCGGCGGCCGACCCUCUUCUAUUCAUCUUCAUUUUGUCAAUCACUCCAGAUCUGGUCGCUAGGGUUGCAUCACUCUUGGAAUGACGGAGGACCAACAGCAAGAGUAUCUACAGCUUGGUACAGAGCCAGCGCCAGAAGAUGGGUCCAGUGAGUCUUCAGGUAUCCCAAACAACAUCUCUGAUGAGGAUGCCUUCAGAAUCCUAUGGGAAAUGAAAAUUAAGAAAAGACAGAAGCUACCAACUCUUCCAGAUACUGUGACAGAACUUACCACUGAAGAAGGGAGCAAAGUCUAUAUUGUAGGCACUGCCCACUUUAGCGACAGCAGCAAACAAGAUGUGGUUAAGACCAUCCAAGAAGUCCAGCCAGAUGUUGUUGUAGUCGAACUUUGCCAGUACAGAGUAUCCAUGUUGAAGAUGGAUGAAGAAACCCUGCUUAAAGAAGCCAAAGAAAUCAACCUGGAAAAACUUCAUCAAGCGAUUAAACAGAAUGGAGUCAUGUCUGGUCUUAUGCAGAUGCUUCUGCUAAAGGUGUCUGCUCACAUCACAGAACAGCUGGGAAUGGCCCCUGGAGGGGAAUUCAGAGAGGCUUUCAAGGAAGCAAGCAAAGUGCCUUUCUGCAAAUUCCACUUGGGUGACAGACCUAUUCCAGUAACGUUCAAGAGAGCCAUAGCUGCACUAUCGAUAUGGCAAAAGAUCAAACUUGCUUGGGGAUUAUGUUCUUUAUCUGAUCCUAUCAGUGAGGAUGAUGUUGAAAAAUGUAAGCAGAAGGACUUGCUGGAACAGAUGAUGGCAGAAAUGAUUGGGGAAUUUCCUGAUCUUCAUCGUACCAUAGUCUCAGAGAGGGAUAUUUAUCUCACCUACAUGCUAAAGCAAGCUGCUAGACGAACUGAACUACCUCGUGCCUCAGAAACUGAACCUAGAAAAAGUAUCCCGUCUGUUGUUGUUGGAGUAGUUGGAAUGGGACAUGUGCCUGGAAUAGAGAGGAACUGGAACUGUGAAUUAAACAUCCAGGAAAUUAUGAGAGUUCCUCCCCCUUCAACACUGAGCAGGGCUGUUGCAUUUGCUGCAAAGCUUACCUUUUUUGGACUUCUUGGUUAUAGUUGCUACUGUAUUAGCAAAAGGACUGCCCGAAUUAUACUCUCAGUGCCAGCUACACAGUAUUGCCUUCAAAGACUCAACCAAAUGGCCACUGAUCUCAAAUGACCUGUGGAGAAGGUGGUACCGAUAAUUAGCUGCACUUCAUUUGUUGCAGGAGCCUGCUUUCCAGGUCAUUUUUAAAUGGACUGUUUCUAUUCUGCACCAGCCUAAUCCUGCAGAUUACCUUUAGUUGCUAUCCACUAAAGUAGCAUUAAAGGAAAUGGUAAACAGAUGUUGACUAUUUGUUUACGCAAAUUGUCUACAUGGUCCAAAAGGUACAGUAUGUGGUUAACUGAUAUAAAAGUAUUCAGGUGUGCUUUUACCAAAUAUUCUUAAAACAGUUGAUUUGCCCAUGCAAACAUCACGAGUGCACUUCUGUGAUAUAUGUGGUGUCAGAUUUGCUUAAUUACUCUGCAGUAGAUGUGAUUUAUUUUAAUCUAAGGAACGGUGUUGAAACAAAUUUGCUUUUCCCCCUCAUGAUACAGAUUGUAAUCUGUCCUGCUUUUCUUAGAUGAACAUGAUUUGGCAUUGUUUCAAAUAUAUAAAAUUACAACUAAGGAUUAUAGUUGGCAAAGUCCUCUUAGGAAGAACCAUAGUGAUCAGAAAUUCUGGCAAUUACUUUCCAUCCAAGAGAAAGGGAAAUGUAUUGCAAGUGACAGGAUAACCGUUUAUGCAAUGUUUGCAUUCCCUUGCAAGACUGCUCAAAUGUGAAAUGGGAAGCAGCAACCUGAAACUCGGUUUUGGUUCUUCCUGAAUAAGGUUGCCGUAGUCGGACUGCCUCACAUGCCAUUGCCCUGAACUUUAGGGACUAAAUAAAACUACAAUGAAACUGAUAUAUCUUUAUGGUCUGUGGCUACAGAAUGUGGCUCAGUAGUGCUAUCCUGCUUUACAAAUUGUCCUUAAGAUUGUGCAUACCUAAA